AUGCUUUCCCUCGUCCUAUCUGCCGAACUCAGCGGCGUCACCGACCUCCGUCCCAAGGACACUGAGGAAGAGCCCUACUACUACACUUUCAAAGUGCAAUGCACCUCUUGCCGUGAAACUCACCCCAACUGGGUCAGCUUCAACCGCUUCGAGCAGCACGAGAUUCCCGGUAGUAGGGGCGAGGCGAACUUUGUCUGGAAAUGCAAGCUGUGCCAGAAAACCCAUUCUGCCUCUAUCACUGCCGGCCCCAAUGUCUACGAGGCGGAUGAGAAGCGCACUGCGAAGAAGGUGAUUGAAAUCGACUGCAGAGGAUUGGAGUUUACGGAGUUUAAGGCUGAUGGUGAUUGGGAAGCAAAGGGAGCCGAGUCCUCUACUCCUUUCACCGGCAUUGAUUUGUCGGAGGGAGAGUGGUAUGACUACGAUGAGAAGGCUGGAGAUGAGGUUUCGAUUAAGGAGAUUAACUUCCAGGUCGGAAGGGCGUAA